UCUUUCACUUUCAAUAUGACCGUCAAGAGAAGAAACCACGGACGCAACAAGAACGGUCGCGGCCACGUUAAGCCCGUCCGCUGCUCCAACUGCUCUCGCUGCGUCCCCAAGGACAAGGCCAUCAAGCGUUACACCGUCCGUCCUAUGGUCGAGUUGGCCGCCGUCCGUGAUAUCACUGAGGCUCUUGUCUACAAGGAGUACACCUUGCCCAAGUUCUACAUCAAGAUUCACUACUGCAUCUCCUGCGCCGUUCACGCCCACAUUGUCCGUGUCCGCUCGCGUGUGGGUCGUCGCAGCCGUGCUCCCCCACCACGCUUCCGUUUCAAGGAUGGCAAGAAGGUUGCCCCCGCCCAGCCUGCCAAGCCUCUGUAAAGCACUUGUUUUUUUUAUUCUUUCCGGUUCUCGAAUGGUCAUUUCUGAGCGAAGAAAAAGAAACGGCGUACAUGGCUUCUUUUUGUCCCAUCCUUAAUAAACGAUUUUCAGAAGAAAGAGUAGUUGAAGGACGCUCUCUUUUGAAUGGUCUUUAUUCAUUUUGAAAAA